AUGUCAAACACGGCUUGUGGAUGCGAACCGACUCGGACGUCAGGCCAUGGAGACGGUAUUGGUGAAGCCCUAUUCACCUUGGGAUUAUUACUCGAAGAUUUACAGCUUGCGCUGGGCGAGAACGAACCGGUUAUUGUUGCUGAGAGGAAAGGUGGUCCGUCCUUUGAUCUGGUGUCGAUUGUCACUGCCUUGGAAUAUCUCGAAAAUAAAGGACUACGCUUCGGGUCCCUCACCUGUUCCGACGUACUACUGCAUCCCAGUGGGAGAGUCAAAUUAUGUAGACAGCACCACUGCACGCAAUCAGAUUCAAAAGAUGACAUACGGCGCCUCGACAACGUCAUGAUGGAGCUGGUGGAUGGCUACGUCAAGGAUGGUGCCAACAUCGGUGUUGACAACCCGGAGCGAUGGAGCCUCGAAGCCUUGCACUUCCUUGGCGCAACGACAUCUGCUUCGUCGGCGGAGGAGCUUCUGCAGGUAUGCCGACUUCCCUUGUUCUGA